AAUUGUAAGAUAAAUAAUAUCGUCAAUUCCCUCCAGGGGAAAAGAUUUAGCAGUUGGAUUCGCUAUAAUUGUUUUUAGAUAGAAUAGUGAGAAUUAUUAUUUUUAAUUUUAAUUUCUUUAAUUACGUCCAAAAUUGGCGUCGAAGUACUAUUUAGUGUAACCCAAGUCUGUUGACGUCAUAUAUAAGACUGAGCUUAAUUGUGUUCAUGGACACCCGACCUUAAGGUUAAUUAUUAUGUGGUCAACACAAGUCGCAGUACAGUGAAAGUCUUCAAAACAAUGUGUUGCACUCAGCUUCGGUAUUUUAUUUUUUUGUCUUUGGUAGCUGCUACCAUAGGAUCUUCUGAAGUCGUUUCAACCACACAAACUCCAACCAUUAACACAGAAAAACGUCUGAGAUCGCUGGAACUACAAGUUACACUUCUGGAAGAAAAAUUAACAACAUGUCCGAAGAACGAUUUAGAACCCCUUCAUUUUCUGACCACAUAUCCAAGAGACUGUAAAGUAUACCAGGAAAAAGGUGCCCAAAUGAACGGUCUCUAUCGGAUCCUGCUGGAUCCUUCCCAGGACUCCUUUUUGGUGUUUUGUGACAUGCACACCCGAGGAGGAGGAUGGACCUACUUGAUGAACAGGUACGACGGUUCCCAAAAUUUUGAUAUGGGGUGGAACGAAUACCAGGAAGGAUUUGGUAACUUGAAUGGAGAGUUUUGGUUAGGUUUAGAAAAAAUGCACAGACUUACGGAAAGUACCCAAAUCAGUGAACUCUUGGUUGAACUGGUGGAUUGGGACGACAACAAAGUCUACGCCCUCUACAAUUACUUUAAAAUUGGUGGAAGGAACGACGGCUAUAGGUUGAAAGUGGUCGGUUACAGUGGUACUGCUGGAGAUUCUUUGGUUGGUCAUGAUGGUCAAAAAUUUAGCACGAUGGAUAAAGACCAAGACAAACACAAUACAACACAUUGUGCACUUAUAGAUCAUGGUGGUUGGUGGUACAAUAGUUGCUUUUUGUCUAAACUUACUGGAAAAUAUUUGAAAGCCACAGGAGCUAAUUAUCUCGGAAUACAUUGGAACAGUUUUCGCCCAUCUAAUACAUACAGUUUGAAACAAGUAAGGAUGAUGAUCAGAGGAAGGGAAUUAUGGUCGUGAAGACAAUAGAGUCUUUCUUUCAAAA